UCUCCCCCAUUGGCUGGCUCGUUAGGGACAGGAUCCAAUACAUGAUUGCUAAUUGAAUCCGGGACGUAGGAGGCCGGUGCUUAUUGGGCUGAGGUGUCUGGGCAGGAGCCAAUGUAACCCGGGCAGCGGCCACUGACGCAAAUGGGUAUCUCCAAAGGCCUGGGCCCCCUGGGGGUGCAUCUGAGCACCGAGGAAGGCGUCUCGUUUCAGACGGACAAUGAGAUGUUCUGGAGUUCCUGCUCCAAUGGGACAAAGUACCGGGUGGUGGCCCGAGAGAGCAAAGACCUGACCAGCAAGUUCCACCUCUCGCUGCUGCCCAACGGGCGAGUCCUGCUGCGAGAUUUCCGAGACAUGUACGUGAGCUGCGUGGAGAGCGCCGGAGUGGCCUAUUUAGAGACGGACAAGUGCACCCCGGACGCCCUCUGCGAGUUCGAAGUGUUUCACGACGGCGAGAGAGUCAUCCUCAAAGCGUCCAACGGGCUCUUUGUGUGUCGCCACUUCCGCCACCAUGGAGACUACAUUGAGGCUAGCCGCCCCGGCAUGGAGGACUGCUGCCGCUUCCGCACCGGGAUGGGGGAUUCCUACCCUCCGUCCUUUGACAUCUCGUUGGUAGAACUUGGAGACGUCUCCAAUCUAAACUGCCGCCCCGUCGUCCUGAAGAAGGAGACUUUUGUCAAUAAGACGGACGCCCCCCAAACCCACAGCUUCACCCUCAGUUGGGAGACUCGGACCGCCGAGACCACUCACUGGGAGAGAACUUGGGGUCUCAGUUCCACCUCUUCCACCACCUUCUCUCUCCUAGCCUUCCAGGCCACCAUCACCUACAAUGGCAGCUUCCAGAAGAUGGCCACCACCCACCGGUCCAUAGUUGAGAAGAGGAGCGUCACGGUGGUGGUCCCCGAGCGCAGCAAAGUCACGGCCGAGUUGGUGGUGUCCAAGAUGGAGAACGCCACCGUCCCCUUCACGGCCUUCAUCCGCAAGACCAAGGUUGAUGGAGAAACUCUAGAACUGGUGGAGAAAGGCGUGUGGAAGGGGCUCGUGUAUGAUAGUGUCACCCUGGAAACCAAGCAGGAACCCGAGGGCGACGAGGAGAACUCCUGCAGAAUCUUGUAAGGCGCUCACUGAUUGGCUGAUUGUAUCAACGUCCCGGAGAGAACCGUCCAUCUUGUUCCCUGCAAUACCAAAUUGAUUUUUAGUAUGUUAUAGAAUGGCCAAUUUUAAGUUCUUUUCAAUUGGUCUUCAUUAUUUAUUUUUUAUAGUUUUUGAGUUAUCUGCCUUCUUCUUAUUCACCAUCUUUCAAAUGGGGGUCGCUGACCCCGGCAGCCAAACCCUAUUGCUCUGUGAGGCUCCAGUUUUAUUGUUAUUGUUACUUUUUAUUCCUUAUCUUUCUAUUCGGCCCCUCCCCUAUU